CAUACUUUCAAAAUGGGACGGAGAUCUAGGACCCUGUAGAACCUGAGGUAUUUCUCAUGGUUAGGAAACUAGCAGUCGGACAUGGAUCUUUAAAUAUCCUCAGUGACAGGAGUUUGUCGUGUAAACGUAAAGAAGAACAUGGAAAGGACGGUCUGCCUCCCCAGUCAGCCCGACAGGACCACCACAGUGACUCUAGUUGAGAGCAGCAGCGCCCCCAGCGGGGUGGAACUGGUCAGCUCCUACCAGACCACCAGGGUGGGAGACCCCAUGGACCUGGUGGCCUUGGCCACACAAGUACAGAGGGGGGAUGAUUUCACGAGGGCCAAUGCUUGCAACAAACUGACGGUCAUCGCUGACCAGAUCAGGUACCUGCAGGAACAGGCCAGGAAGGUUUUGGAGGACGCUAAAAGAGACGCCGACCUCCACCACGCUGCCUGCAACAUUGUCAAAAAACCAGGCAACAUGUACUACCUCUACCAGCGGCCAUCCGGACAGCAGUACUUCUCCAUCAUCUCCCCUAAGGAAUGGGGGCCCAGCUGCCCGCACGCCUUCACCGGCGCGUUCAAGCUUCAACACGACAUGUCCUGGACCCCCGUGGAGCAGGUGGAGAAGAGGGACGCCGAGAUUGCCAUCAUGGACAAACUUCUCAGCCAGCAGACGGCCCUGCCGCCGCACACAGGACCCAACUUCAAAGGCCUCUCUGAGUAGAGGGGGGGGGGGGGGGGGGUUACUCACCAGGGUCUUAAUGAGUCUGCACAGACGCGUCAAAGCAUCAGCUCCAGGGUCUCGUGCACUGACUCGAGGAGAAGAGGGUAAACUUUUAAACUGAUCUCCAGUCAUGGACUGACAUCAGAGCGAUUGUCAUGAUACGAACUGUUUGAUAUUUGAUCUUUUAAAUUUGUAAAUGAGCCUUAUCAAUAACAAGCGCAGCAAUGAGCAUCAUUUUAAGCUUUGGAUUUGGUUGACAAAGGUUUUAACUGAGAGGAUUUUGGAUUACUCUCCUGCGUGGCUCCAUGAAUCAGAAAUGAACAGCCAUUCAAACAU